CUGCAGCCGGCGUCUGCGAACUACAAUUCGGUUGCCUAGGAAACAAAAACAAACCAAGCGACAGGAUUGUAUUUCUAAUUCGCUGCAGCAGCGGCUUCGCUGUUUGGAAAAACAGUUUCUUUUUACACAUUCAUGCAAGUUAAUAGAAGCUUUAAGAAUGACGCUAAACGAAACGCAAACUGGGAAUGUGCCUCCAUCGCCAGCCGGUUAUCAGAUGCGUCCCGAGUUAAGUGAAACAUUCAAAUCGGAAAAGAUACGUGAAAUCAUCAACACUGUAUUGACCGACACUCUUACUGGGCAAACAUACUCGGCGGCAGAUGCAUCUCGCUGGACGAAAUCGAUGGCGGAUGAAAUCAGUUUACAAGUGAAGGAUCUGCAAAUGCACCAUUACAAGCAUGUGGUUCAGGUGUGGCUGGGGCAACAGCUCGGCGCCGGAUGCAAAUGUGUGGCCCGCUGCCGUUGGGACACGGAGUGUGAUAACUACGCAACGGCCGAAUUUAAGAACUCAACCAUGUUCUGCGUGGUGACAGUUUAUGGUCUCUAUCUGUAUUGACGGGAAACUGGCAAUGC